ACACGCAACAACUGAAAAGAUGCAGGCCAUCGCUUCCGCCACCGCCGUCCGCCCCCAGUUCGCGACCCAGCGCAAGACCUUCAACGCCAAGAAGGUCGUCGCCGUCAAGCGCGAUGUGUCCGUCAAGGCUGACUGGUCCAUCGGUUCCCCCGAGAACGUGAUCGUGUGCGUCAACACCGCCGCGUGCCUCUUCGCCGGCCGCUUCGGUCUCGCGCCCACCGUCAACAAGAACUACACCGGCUCCGACUCCUACACCAUGACCGAGGCUGAGCGCCCCGUCGUCGGUUCCCGCGAUCCCGCCGGUUUCACCAUUGUGGACGUCGCCGCGUGGGGCUCCCUCGCGCACAUGAUCUCCGCGGGCGAGAUCCUCGGCCAGCACGCCAAGGGCUUCUUCUGAGCUCGUCUGUAACGGCUGUAACGGCUGUAACGACUCGACGCGAACGCGUCGACGAUGGGAGUCGUUUCGUCGGCGGCGUACGUUCGCGCCGGGAGGGUGGUCGGGGCGCGCGCGUGUCGAGGCGAGAGCGCGGCGCGCCGGAUGUGAAAAUUUGUAGCGAAUCAGUUUUGUGAAUCGAAGGGCUUCACCGUGACGAGUCAAACAAACCCA